AUGGAGACCUGGGAAGUCGAAACGGGUUCGAAUAUUCCACCGAUCAAAGUCUAUCCGGACAAGUAUGAGGGCCAGGUGGUCGUCAUCACCGGCGCCGCGCAGGGCAUAGGAGAAGCCACCUCCAAGUUGUUUGCCUCACAGGGAGCCACGGUGGUACUGGUGGACAUCCAGGAAGACAAAUUGAGAGGCGUCCAGUCCGAAAUUGAGGCGGCAGGCGGCAAGGCAGCGUACCGAGUCUGUAAUAUCGCAGAUGAGGAUCUGGCGACUUCGCUGAUCGACCGAGUCGUCGCCACCUUUGGCAAGAUCGACGUCCUCGUCCAACUUGCCGCAUUGUACCCGUUCAUCCCGCUCCUGGACCACCCCUCCAGGGACUUCCUUCGGGUCAUGGAUGUCAACGUCAAUGCCUGUUUCUACCUGACACGCGCCGUCCUCCCGCACAUGAGAAAGGCAGGCUACGGCCGGCUCAUCAACACGGCUUCCGGGACUCUUCAGCUGCCCGACCCCGGCCUGUCGGCUUACGUGACCUCCAAGGCCGCCAUUGUCGGAUUCACGCGGAGCACAGCCGUGGAAACGGGCCCGGGCGUGACGGCAAACAUCAUCUUGCCUGGGUUGAUACGGACAGAGGCCGUCUGGAAGGUGCACGAACGACCGGACGGGUCGCAUGGCUUGUUCGACAGCAUACUUGAGAAGCAAUGCGUCAAGCGGAAUGGGAGAGCUCAGGAUAUUGCGCACACCAUUUGUUUCAUUGCCAGCCCCGAGGCACAGUUUAUUACCGGGCAGAUCUUCGACUGUGGAGGAGGAGCUACGUUUCAUUAG